GUUCAAUUAUUAGACUAUCCCCAUCGCCUGCGAAACUCUCAGCUUCUUCCACAAGUUCCACCCAUCUACCGUGUCCACACCAAUUACUAAUAACAUGCAUUAAUUUCCAUCCACCUAAUCCAUCCGAAAAAACUAGUCCACAAAAAAAACUCAGCCCGACCUUCUCCUUUAUAACGCCAUCAAUAUCCUGCAACUCAACUUCAAGCUACCCGAAAAUGGCUGAGGAGGAGGUGAAGAUACUGGGAGCAUGGCCGAGCCCAUUUGUGAUGAGGCCGAGGAUAGCGCUGAACCUCAAGGGAGUGAAGUACGAGUUUCUGGAGGAAGUUUUGGGGGCGAAGAGCGAGUUGCUGAUGAAGUCGAACCCUGUGUAUAAAAAGAUACCUGUGAUGAUUCACAACGGGAAGCCUGUUAAUGAGUCGAUGAUCAUUGUUGAGUACAUUGAUGAGGCUUGGGCUGAUGGAAAGCCUGCAAUUUUGCCGGCUGAUCCGUAUGAUCGCGCUGUCGCACGCUUCUGGGCUGUGUAUAUUGAUGAUAAGAUUUUCCCUUGCAUGAAAGCAACACUGAUGGCGCAAACAGAUGAAGCCAAGACAGAAGCAGGCUCCCAAGCCAGCACAUCCCUCCAACUCCUUGAAGAGGCCUUCAAAACCUGCAGCAAAGGCCAGGGUUUCUUCGGUGGCGAAACCAUCGGGUCCCUUGACAUCGCCCUGGGAUGCUACUUGGGCUGGAUCAGAGCCACUGAGAAGAUGACAGGCGUCGACUUAUUGACUGUAGAGAAGACGCCACUGUUGGCUGCAUGGGCCGAGCGGUUCUGUGCUGAUGAGGCGGUGAAGGAGGUGAUGCCGGAGACUGACAGGCUUGUGGAGGUUGCUAAGAUGCUUCAGGCUAAGUGGAAGGCUUCCGCUUAGUAAAGAGAUUGUUUGUGUUUAGUUUGUUGUGGUAUUUGAAUAAACCGACUCGUUGCUAAUGGGCGAGUUCUAAGUUUGAAUGUUGUUUUUGAAGUAGAAAGCUAUUUGAUGGGAUUUGAAUCUCAAAUGCUUAGAUGUUAUCUUAAACGUCAAAGGUUAGUGACGUUGCUUUUAUGAGGAUUUGGGUGAUUUAAUUUGUUA